AAAAAGUCAUGGCUCAGCUUCAAGAAAACUGUUGCUUUCAAACUAGGGAUUUAGUGGCUAAUUGUGGUAAAACAAUAAUUCUGCUCAUAUAUUAUGCUUUUAUGAACAACACAUAGACACAUCCAGCGCAAAGCGGGAGGUUUAAAAAAUACUUUCUUAGUCGCCAAAGUACCAGAGCAUGUCUAACUUUUGGUUGAAUGUGACUUCACUUCCGUUUUAUUUAAUAGGCUUUCUUACUUGCGUAGAUUUGACUUUUUUUGUAUAUAAAGUCAUUGGGCUGGACAAGGGCAAGACACAGCCAGUGAUCAAAUUAUUUGAAAUGAUGUCGCUCUUUAACAGCUUUAAAUGUUGAACAGUUUGAGUCACAAAUGACACUUGCAGGGCGGGGAGAUAGCCUACAUAGAGGGAAAGCAUGCACUUAGACACGUAGACUAAUAACUCUGGACAUUGUUUCAAGCGACGUUCAAAGAUGCUUCUCGUGCUAUGCGCGCUGUCGGUGGUGGUCGUGGCAGAGGAGACGCACUGUGGUGGCACGCCGGACCGAUUGUGUGAUGUGAAACCUGAGGCAGUCUACUACAAGGAACCACCGAUCACAGAUUCAGAGGUGUCGUACAAGCAGUUGAAGACUAUGUUUCCCAGCAGCAGUAUUCAACUGUUUGACGUCCGCAAUCCAGAUGAGUUUGAGGCUGGACAUAUUCCUGGCUCCACCAAUGUCCCUCUUGGGGAACUCCAGGAGGCUCUGAGACUGAGCUCAGACCAGUUCAAACAGAGGUUUGGAGUACGUGCCCCUCAUAAGGAGGAUAGCAGCAUUGUGGUCUACUGCCAGAGAGGUAGACGGAGUGCUACUGCACUUGACAUAAUGUGGGCUCUGGGAUUCAGCAGAGCUCGUCACUAUGCUGGAGGAUACAGUGACUGGGUCCAGCGUGAAGAGCAGUGAGGCAGAGGAGGCACUAGGUGUAAUUUGGGAGAGGGGAAGCGCUGUGACCGUGAAGUAAUCCAUGUCCCUGUCCUCCUCCUCACUGUUACUCCUCUGUGGUGGUGGAGCAUGGGCCUGGCUCUUCUACAGGGUGGAGGGGUUGUUUCGUGGAAGCCCCCCUCGAUGAACUGCCACGUCCACAGGGUCCUGCGCUGGUCUUCUACAACGCUGUGAAUAUAGGAACGUCCCAUUAAACACUUGGAGGGGAAAAGGGGUUGCAAUAGCAGCUUGGGAUCACAAGAUGCAUCAAUCGAAACCACCAAGCUACACUGCAGUCCCGAUUUAUAGCCACCUGAGGGCAUUGGAGACUUUCAUUUUAAGACCUCUGGACCAGGCUCA